AUGGAUGUGAAUCACCAUAGAAUGGUUGUGAAUCACAUUCUUGUAGGAUUGUCUCAUAGGAUUGCAGUUGUCAACAAUCACAGGAUCUUGUCGAAAAUUGUACAGGCGAUAAGCAGCAGGGGCUGCGUUGGUGGCGCAGCUGCGAUGGACGCUGCCGGGGCAGAAGUCAGCCCUAAAGGAAGUCGUAGUGCCCCACGCGGAACACGAAAGAAGGAGACAAUCGACUUGUUUGGCGACUCUUGGAGACGUUGA